GUUAAUUUAAUUAAUUAUAUUUUUUCAGGAAACAAUGCAAAUGAAUCUACCCAGUUUCAUCACGAAAGUACAAUCUGUCGAUCCCGCGGAGAAAGAUGAAACUACGAGUAAUCCUGGAUCAUCAGGUUCACAGGAUAGUGGAAUAGAAAGUAUUGGAAGUUGUACAGAGCCUGCAAAUGCUGUUGGAGAAAUGUUGGCAACUAAAGAGGCAUCAAGUAGUAACAGCAAAUCCACGGAUGACGCGAGGAUGUGUAAAAUUUGUUAUAAUGCAGAAUUGGGAGUAGUAUUUUUACCAUGUGGACAUAUGGUUGCUUGUGUUAAAUGUGCUCCUGGCAUGACGACUUGUGCAGUAUGCAGAAAACCUGUCAGUAUGACCGUGCGGGCCUUCCUCUCAUAGUAUUCCACAGCUUGUGAUAGACAAUAGAAUACACUCGAUCUUACACUAUAAUACAUCGAAUGACUGAUAGUCAUAACGACAUCGUAAUAAAUGACAUGACUCAUGCAUAUAUCAGUCUGCGGGUACAAGCUGUAAAAAUUCUACUCCAAGUUUUGAAAGAUUUCCUGUUGGAAAUAUACAAACCUUAGAACAUAUACUACAUGGAGGAAGCACGUCUAGUGGAAAAGUGUAGACAACGGUGAGAGAGAGCAAUAGUUUGGGUACCCUACGGCCGAUAUUCAGAGUCGUUGCUUAUUCUUAAUAUCGUCUUAAGCGUUUGUUUAAGUCCUUGUUUUCUGUACAAGACAGGGACUGGAAAUAUGGGAUGGACAGGGAUAGCAAAUGCUUGGACGAUCUUAAGAAUAAGCAACGACUCUGAAUACCGCCCUAACAGUAGAGACGCAGGCGCGUCAACUAAUCGUGUUUGCGCGAGAGAAAAAGAUAGUACCCGAAUUAUUUCUUUCUUUCUCUGGUGUGCUUCCUGAGGAAUGCGUACUAGUAAAUGAUAAAUAGUAUAUGCUCUAAGCUACAAACAGCGAAAUUAAGUCGUUCUUCAGCAAAACUGAUGUUUGAUAGUAAUCAAAUAACUUGUUAUUUUUAAAUUUACAUAAAAAUGAUUAAGAAUAAAAUGG